AUGAAACUGGCGCUGCUUCAAAGAUUCCGGUACACAGAAGAAGGUUAUCGCGAAAGAUUCCGUGAGGCGAAGCCCGGAGAUGGGGAAACAAGAAAAGAGUUUGCAGCCAGGUUGACGGGGUAUUUCGAUAGGUGGAUCGAAGUGGCAGGAGUCGAGAAGACUUUCGAGGCGCUCCGGGACCGAAUGCUAAUGGAGCAGUUCAUGACAACUUGCGCUAGUAAGUUGAUGGUCUUUCUCAAAGAAAGAGACUGCUUGACCCUAGAUGACUUGGCUGAAAAAGCCGACGUCUUUCUAGAAGCAGAAACUCAGCCGAGCGCUUUGAAAGCGAAGGUGGAGGGACAAGAACCGAAAACCAGUGCAAGUACAGUCCCUAAAGCUUUAAGAGAGGACACACGGAGGAUCCUCCUAUGCUUUUUAUGCAAUAAGGUGGGACACAAAGCCGAGAAUUGCAAGGGUCGCAAUCAACAAUACAAACCAUCGACAUGUUGGCACUGCGGCCGGAUGGGACACAAGGCCGACAAAUGCACUAUGAGGGCUGGCGAUAAACCACAAGCUUCUUGCCUGUGGACAGCCUCCGACGAAACGGCAGGCGAACCAGAUGAGACCUACCUUACGUUAAAAAACAGCGACAAAAUACCAGUGGUUAACGCAGCUGUAGGGACGCCACCCAAGUUUCUGGUAAAGAAUAUGCCUGUGGUCGAAGGCCGCAUUGGAAAAGUCGUGGCGAAGUGCAUUGACGAUCCCCUAUACGACUUAGUGCUUGGCAACGUUCCACAAGUGAGAGAUACCAAGGAUCCGAACCCAUAUUGGGAUUCCGAUCAACAACGAAGUGACGAGAUGAAGACACCUACUGUCCAGGGAGUUGGCCACCAGCUGGACAAGAGAGCUGAGGUACCAGAGAGGAAGGACCACAAAGAGGCCUCUCCGUACGACUCGGAAAACACGGACUUGGGACUGAUAACUCCGCUUUCAAGUACCGCGGGAGUGGGAGAGUCGAGGAAGAAGAAGAGCGGGAACAAAGCGGAAUCUCCACUGAAUGUGCCACAGGUACCGAUUCUCGAAACGACAGUCGAGGAGCUUUCAACAGAACAGAGGAACGAUGCGUCCUCAAGGAAAUGUUUCGACAAGGUCGGAAAGGUGGUAAAGAAACAUAAGUGUCGUACGAAGUAUGAAAUGGUAAUAAAGAACAACCUUCUUUUUCGGAGCUGUAUAUUUUCCACCGGGAGGAGUAUAGAGCAGCUGGCUCUCCCAGCAAGAUUUCGACCAACUGUCAUGGCAAUGGCACACGAUGGUAUCAUGUCAGGCCACCAAGGCAUGAAGAACACGCUAGCACUAACGGCUGAAGAGUUCUUUUGGCCGGGCAUGCAGAGUGACAUCAAGAGGUACGUGCGCUCCUGCGAUGUAUGCCAGCGCACGGUGCCAAAAGGCAGAGUAGGCAAAGCGCCUCUUUGGACAAUGCCCGCCAUCGAGACGCCAUUCAAGAGGGUGUCGAUCGACAUCAUCGGGCCGAUCAACCCAACGGCGAGUUCGGGCAACCGAUAUAUUCUGACCAUGGUGGACGUCGCCAAAAGGUACCCGGAUGCUAUUCCAUUAAGAAGCAUCGGCACGGAGAAAGUGGCAGAAGCCUUGGUGGAAAUGUUCUCUAGGUAUGGAAUCCCGAAUGAGGUUUUUAGCGAUAGAGGUUCCUGCUUCACGCCGGACGUCAUGAAAGAGGUAAGCCGGCUGCUGUCCAUAAAGCAUCUCAUGACUACACCCUACCAUCCGAUGGGGAACGGGUUGGUGGAACGAUUUAAUGGAACCAUCAAACAGAUGAUUAGAAGAAUGUCUCAAGAAAGGCCUAAGGACUGGGACAGGUACCUACCGGCACUACUGUUCGCCUACAGGGAAGUGCCACAGGCAAGCCUGAAGUUUUCACCAUUUGACCUACUAUACGGCCGAAGAGUUCGCGGACCUUUGGCCAUCCUUAAGGAGAUCUGGUCCAACGAGACGCUCGAAGACGACGUGAGGACGUCCUACGGUCACGUACUCGAGCUAAGAGAGAAACUACAAAGAACAUGUGAGUUGGCUUACCACUUCUUGGAAGAGGCCAAGAUCAAGUACAAGGAGCACUAUGACAAAAAGAGCGUAAACCGCCAACUGAAAGAAGGGGACUUGGCCCUCAUUCUCCUACCGAGCGACCACAACAAGUUAAUAUUGCAGUGGAAAGGACCAUUUGUAGUAUCCUGCAAAAUGAACGAAGUGGACUACGAGCUCGAUGUUGGAGGACGCAAGAAGGUGUUCCAGGUGAACAUGCUCAAGAGAUACCAAGAGAGGGUCGAGGUCGAACGGGGGCAGCCAAGCUGCAGUGCGGCAACGCAGGAACUUGGCGAGGCUACACUUGCUGGAGAGGCCAACAAGGCAUCGACGCCUGAUAACGUGAUUGCACAUGACUGGAAAGAUGUCACGGUCAACGAUGACCUGGAUGAUGAUACAAAGAUGAGGUGUGGAGGUUGA